UGCCAGUCAGCCGCCAGACAGCUGAGGUGAUUUCCAGACGGGGGGAUUCCGGUGCACAGCAACGGCCUCACAGUAUAUUACCGAAACAUAUUUGGAGUCUGCAGUGUGUUUUAAAUGGCGAAAACGUACGAUUAUCUCUUCAAGCUGUUGCUCAUCGGAGACAGUGGAGUCGGAAAGACAUGUCUGCUGUUCAGAUUCAGCGAGGACUCCUUCAACACCACCUUCAUAUCCACAAUAGGAAUAGACUUCAAAAUCAGAACAAUAGAGCUGGAUGGAAAGAGAGUCAAACUUCAAAUUUGGGACACCGCAGGGCAGGAGAGGUUUCGCACCAUCACUACAGCCUACUACAGAGGAGCAAUGGGCAUUAUGUUGGUUUAUGACAUCAGCAAUGAGAAGUCCUUUGAAAACAUAAAAAACUGGAUUAGAAAUAUUGAAGAGCAUGCCUCGUCUGAUGUGGAGAAGAUGGUCCUGGGUAACAAAUGUGACAUGACUGACAGAAGACAGGUGUCCAAAGACAGAGGGGAAAAACUGGCUAUUGAUUAUGGAGUUAAGUUCUUGGAAACCAGUGCAAAGUCGGGCAUAAAUGUAGAAGAGGCUUUUUAUAACAUGGGAAGGGACAUAUUGCACAAUCUGAGCUCAAAGACAACUGACAACAGUGCCGGAGGAUCAGGCAAACCGGUCAAGAUCACGGAAAAAAAGUCGAAGAGGAUAAAAUUCUUCAAGUGUUCACUCCUCUAGGCCGCUCAUCUCUGGUGUUCACGGCUCUAUAGCGUGACUUUGCUGUUUCGGAGAGCUCCCGCCUUCCAGGCUUCCUUGCAGCAGCAGUGGUAAUAUUCUUACUGCCAGCUGAAGCUAACAGCUUCAUGAGUGGUUGAUAUACCAUCCUGAUUUGCUGCUGACCAGAAGAGGAUCAAUAAAGAAUGACGCCUGAUAUUGUUUAUCCGCUCAAUGCAAAAAGACUUAUGAGUGAUCGUGAGCGUUGGUUUGUAGCUGGCCCUGCAGUGUCUGCUCACAGGAGGCAGUCAUUCUGUCAACAUUUAUAAUACCUCUGUUUGAUGUCAUGAAAAUAGACUUUAUUAAAUAUGAUAAAGUUCCACAAAAUAAAUGGGGAGGGGAAAAAAAA